AUGUCUUGCUCUCCGCCUUUCUCUCCAUUUCCCAGGCUUUAUCGUCCUCGAUCUUCUUCUGCCUCAUUUUACUCUCAUUCUCGCUGUCUCUUUCUUGCCCCCCCCCCCAUUUUCCUAGCUUUCUUUCCAUCCCCUCUUCCUUCCUUCAACCUCUCACUCUCUCUCCCCUCCACUUUUUCGUGCUACCUUUCCAUCACUUUUCUCUAUUUUCUUUUUAUUCCUGUUAUUUAUGUUCUAUAUUUCUCAUGCUUCUCUCUUUCUCUCUUAUUCUCUAUUACUAAUGUCCCUAUCCCUCUUCUCCUUUUCUUUCAGUUUUCUCUACCAUUUCCGUCUCUCUCUUUUUCCACUCACCUGCACUCUCUUUCUCACUCUUUCUCUCCUUUUCUGGCCCUUUCUCGCGGACGACCUAUUACUUUCUCUUAUCGCUCCUUUUCUUUCUACUAUAAAUACUCUCUCUCCAUCUCUCUCUCUCUCUCUCUGUCAUUUUAUCUACCUUUGCCUUCUUAUUCCUUUUCUCCUCUCCUACACACUUUCUCUCACCUCUUUCGUUCUCUCUCCUUUUCUCACCCCUAUCUAUAUCACUUUUUUUUUUAUUUCACUUUCCCUUCCCGAAUCCUUCUGACGAUAAGUAGUUUUCUUAUAUUUCACUCAUUAUCUAUCUAUCUAUCUAUCUAUCUAUCUAUCCAAUUCUAA